AAAAGUCCCGGUGACAGGGAUUGGGAGGCUGCUGGGAAAAGAUGGCAGCUUCCUUUUGUUGGUGCGGAUUUACUGUAGUCCGAGAGGGUUUGUGAGGACUCUCUCCCGUCGCUCUGCCGGGGUUCCCACCAGCGGUUGUACGAACGCUUCGCCGGGAGAACAUGGAGAAGAGCGGGAGCGUCGACAGUCUGGGCUCCAGGCGAUCCUCGUCUCGACAGCCCAGCGUUGAUUCAUUGUCCAGCACGGCCACCUCUCGCUCUGACCGGUCUGCCCAGGCCAAGCCGCCCUCGGCCAUGUCCGCCGACUCCGUGUCCACCUCUGCAGAGUUUUCCCCGGAGCUCAGGGUUAAACCCAAAGCUCCUGCCAAGCAGGUGCUUAGAGAAUCAGACAAAGAAGAACCACAAUUGCUUCCAAAUGAAACUGUGCAAGACAUGGCCCAAGAUGUCACCUACUUCUGUCCCUUCACUGGAGCACUGAGGGGAACAGUGAUGGUGACAAACUACAGGCUUUUUUUCAAAUGCAUGGACAGGGAGCCAGCAUUCGUGCUGGACCUGUCCCUCGGGGUGGUGAGUCGAGUGGAAAAGAUUGGAAGUGCUUCAAGCCGUGGUGAUGUGUCCUACGGGCUAGUUUGCAAGGAUAUGCGCAAUCUACGAUUUGCACACAAACAGAUGGAGGACACACUCAGGAAGUCCAUUUUCGAAGUGCUGAUAAAAUUUGCGUUUCCUGUUUCCAACGGGCUGCAAAUCUUUGCCUUUGAAUAUGGGCAAGUUUUUCCUGAAAACGGAUGGAAGGUGUAUGAUGCUGUCUCGGAGUACAAAAGACAGGGUAUACCCAAUGAAAGCUGGAGGAUAACUAAAAUAAAUGAUCACUACGAGCUGUGUGACACCUACCCAUCAACUCUGGCAGUUCCCGUCAACAUACCUGAUGAAGAGCUGAAGAGACUGGCUGCCUUCCGGGCAAAGGGCAGGAUACCUGUUUUAUCAUGGAUCCAUCCAGAGAGCCAAGCAACAGUGACGCGCUGCAGUCAGCCCAUGGUUGGGAUAAACGGAAAGCGCAGCAAAGAGGAUGAGAAAUAUCUCCAGGCGAUCAUGGAUGCUAACGCUCAGUCCCAUAAAUUGUUCAUUUUUGAUGCCAGGCCCAGUGUCAACGCUGUCGCCAACAAGAUGAAAGGGGGCGGAUACGAAAGUGAGGAUGCAUAUCAAAAUGCAGAGCUGGUGUUCUUGGAUAUUCACAAUAUCCACGUGAUGAGGGAGUCACUCCGCAAGCUAAAGGACGUGGUCUACCCAAACAUCGAGGACUCGCACUGGCUCUCCAAUCUGGAGUCCACUCACUGGCUUGAGCACAUCAAGCUGAUCCUGGCAGGAGCUCUGCGGAUUGCAGACAAGGUGGAGUCUGGGAAAACAUCUGUGGUGGUCCACUGUAGCGACGGUUGGGACCGCACCGCCCAGCUCACCUCCUUGGCCAUGCUCAUGCUGGACAGUUACUACCGCACCAUUCGCGGCUUCGAGGUGCUGCUCGAGAAGGAGUGGCUGAGCUUCGGUCACCGCUUCCAGCUGCGAAUCGGUCAUGGCGAUAAAAACCACACAGACGCAGACCGCUCACCAGUUUUUAUUCAGUUCAUCGACUGCGUCUGGCAGCUGACUCGUCAGUUUCCGGCAGCCUUUGAGUUUAAUGAAUACUUCCUGGUAACCAUCCUGGACCACCUGUACAGCUGCCUGUUUGGGACGUUCUUGUGUAACAGCGAACAGCAGAGGCACAAGGAAGAGAUUCCCAAGAGGACAGUGUCGUUGUGGUCUUACAUUAACAGCCAACUGGAGGAGUUUACCAAUCCUCUGUAUGUGAACUACUCCAACCAUGUGCUGUUCCCGGUAGUCAGCCUCCGCCACCUGGAGCUUUGGGUUGGCUACUACAUCCGCUGGAACCCUCGCAUGAGACCUCAGGAGCCUCUUCAUCAGCGCUACAAGGAGCUGUUGGCGAAGCGUGCGGAGCUCCAGAAGAGAGUGGACGAGCUACAGCGAGAGGUGACCAACCGCUCAGCCUCCUCCUCCUCUGAGCGUGCAGGCUCCCCGACACGCUCCAUCACUCCAGUGCAGACUUUUGUUUGACACAACUUGACCCUCGUUACAAUUGCAGAGGCUCAGGUUUUCUAGGCCUGACCUGGCGUGUUAAUACAAUAUCACCAAAAGUGUGAGUAAGCAGAUGACUGUUUGCAUCUCUCAGAGGUCCUGUAGAAUCUGACUGGAACAGAAGAGUGUCUGUCUCAGACUGCUACAGCCAUAUUGUACUCUUUCUCCAGGGGUUGAGAGGACAUGUAACCAGAAUAUUGAGGACUGUUUAGCAUAUUGAACUACAUACAAUCAGUGUUGAUGGUGUUUGAAGUACACUAAGAUAUUACUCAAGUUAAAUUAUGUAUGCCUUAUACAUGUCAUAGGACCACUCAUGUCAUCCCUCCACACUGCAAAUAUUUGUUAGAUCAUGAUUGGUUGAGAUGAAGCAAUAGAAAAAUGUACACCGCUGCAUAUAUAAUUUUGAUACCAAAACUCUACUUUUCACAUCAACUAAAACACAUGAGAGUUGUUAAACACUGAUUUUCAAAUGUAGCUAAGUGCGUGAGGGCAAUUUGAAAAAAAGUUGGUGGCUUGUCUUCACAAGUUGGUGCUUUUAGAUUGCUGUGACCAAAUAUCUGAGGGUUUUUGGAUAUAUAAAUAGUUAUGUGUCAUAUUACAUUCCUGUCAUUGAGUGAUUUAAAUUUUAAGUUUCAUUUAACUAGUCAGCAUUAUUUAUUAUCUUUUAGUUCAGACUUGUAUUUAUAGCUCACAAACGUACUCUGUCUCAUGCCACGAAUUAAUUACAGAUGUUCCCAUCCAAUGUUAAUAAGAUGGACAGAAUAUGCAACAGUUCAUUAGUCCAAGUUAGCAAUCAUUUACUCUAAAUGUUUGACUGAACAUUUCUUGCAGAUGCAUUUUAAAGCUACUAUCAGCCAAUGUUGUUUUGUUUUUUUAAAUAGCAAGCAAAAAGUGUAACAACUAAUAAUUUGUUAGGGUAUUUUUUUAGUUCAAUAAAUCUUAAUGAAUA